AUGUCCACCAAUGCUUUUAAACCCAUUCCUCCUUUCUAUGCACCAGACAGCCCUUGUGCCAAUGAAACUAGCCUUAUUGCUCGGACAGCGCUUCCCGUCCAACCCUCCACCUAUUUGAUAUCACAGCAAGAAAUUGGUUUCACUACUCCACCAACUUCAAUGACGAACCUUUCUUCCGCACAACAGUCUUUCAAACAGCCUUUCAGCACUGGGCUCAUUCCAAAACCUGAUGGCGAAGUCGGUCGUCCUCGUCGUGGUGGAUAUAAUCUUGAAAAACAAUUAGGUUGGAAUAAGCGAGACUACAUGGAGCUCAAGGUAUAA